AUGCACGUAAGAGAAGAAGAGAAAGAAGAACACAGAACGAUGUGUUAUUCGUGUUUUAGGAGGGAGAAUCUGUGCAUAUGCAAACUGUGCGAAAGAGUUUUGUUGGAAAAGACGCGGUCGAAAGAAAAGCUCGUUCUUAAGGACGGCUUACACGUUUCUAUAUUGCAGGAUAGAGAUGAGUUCAGAAGAAAACUCGGCUCGGCCCACAUUGCAAGGAACAUCGUAGAAAACUGCGACGUCGUCUGGCGCGACUGCUCGUGGCCAAACGCGUUAACUGUCCCAAAACUAGAAGUUCCUGUGAGCGCCUCCACGGCGGUGACGGAAGAAUUUGACGGUGACGAAGGGCACGAAGAGUACGAAAUGGUUGUCUUGUGGCCGAGCGAAGACGCGAUAUCGAUUAAAGAAUAUAAGAACCGAAACUUAAACAAGAAGAAAACGCAUAUGGUUGUUCUCGAUAGCACCUGGUAUAAAGCGAGGCGAAUGUACAACCGAAUCCCCUGGUUGAAAGAUUUACCUUCUAUCUCGCUACAGAAUAUCGAGAAUGAGAGCAUGUACAAGCCAAUUCGUAAGCAACCGUUUCGAGACGCUCUGUCCACCGCAGAGUCGAUCGCGUUGGCUUUAAAAGAGUUUGGUAACGAGGAUGCGGAGCUCGUAAACAUAGCUUUUAGCGAGAUGAUUAGAGAACAAUUAGAAGAGGAGAAACGGCACGACCGCGACGUUCGUUCUCGUGCCGUCCGCGCGCGUGAACGGCGAAAUGUUGUGUAA